ACAUUGGGAUAAAUAAAUUAUUUCAAUUUCUCUCAUUGAUAAUACCAGAUCUCGAUGCUAAAUAUAAAAAAAUUGCAGACUACUUUGUAAAUUAUUUAUUAACUAUUACGUAUCAUUGCAUCGCUAGAAGACUCGGUAUAUGUUGCAUUCUGAUGAUAACGGAGUGCAAACAUCUUCAAAUCAUAUGGAAACCGAAAUAUAAUACAGAAGUUCAGGAUAAUGCCGAAUAUUUUUAUAUAACAAAAUUCGAUGAAAGUUACCCAUUAAAUAUCGCCAGAGGAACAUAUUACAAUGAUAUUCCACCUUGUCUCUUACACAAUGACAGACUUUUACAUAUAUUGGAAUAUAUGUUAGACACUUUUAAUAUUAUACUGAAAACAUUGAAUAUUGUGAAUUAUAAAUGGAAAUUCCAAUUCUUAUACACUUUUCUACAUUCAAAGGAGUUAAGAUAUAAUACUCGACAGACAAAUAGUACACAUCGAGUGAUCUUACGGCAGACUGUAAAUAACACUUUCUACGAAAGAAUUACAAACAUAAUAGAGGUUGGAUCUGUUGCAAUAAAAGAAGAAGUAAAAAAAAACAUAAAAUAUUCUGUGGGAAUUAUAGUAAAGCAUUAUGUACAACGUGCAUUUCUUAAUUUAUCCCCUAAAUAUCAUUACGGUGUAAUAAUUGGUUGGCAUCAUACGUGUAAUUUAAUAUUCAAACAGCAAUUGAUAAAGACAAAAGCACAUCAGUUUCCAUAUCUAUGCCCGGAAUAUGUCAGUAAAUGUAUAUGUGAAGAAAUAUCAAAUACUAUCGGACCAUACUACAUAAUUCUCAGCGAAAAUAAUAAAAUAUGUUACGUCCGACAAGAUGAUAUAUCGUUAUGUUUACCAAGAGAAAUCAAUAACAUAGAAAUUGGACGAUUCUUUUAUAAAUUUCAAGGAACUCAUUAUGUACCAAAUAAAUACUUAGAACAAAAUUAUCCAAGUGAUGAUACCGCUGCAAUUUUGAAAUACUUGUGCAAGAAGAAAAAGUUUUUGUGAAUUUUUAAAUAAUUAUUACUCUCUAAAAGUGAAUCAGUGUAUUAUUAUUGUAAUCAGUGCUGUACUUAUGCUUGCUUACUGCUUA